UGACUGCCAUUUGUGGAAGCAAACACACUAAAAUCAAAAUCCCAGUGGAUUUUAGUUGUGUGGCAUUCUGUGUUGCAGUUGAAGAAGUGGUUAAGAUAAUUCCCAAGUAGCAAUUCCUGCAAAUAAAAUAGUUCUCAAGAUUUGGUUACAUGACUCUCUGUAAAAUAAUGUCAGCCAAAGUUCCAGUUGGUAAAUUGUGUGUGGGGGGGGGUGUUUCAGCAUACACUCAUGAAUUCUGAUCAAUGGGCUUUUAGGUCCUACCUCGCAUACCAGUAGCUGGCUUUUGGAAGCAGUGAUGAUGUUCUACGCACUCUCUAGAAUUGCACCAAUUCAGGAUGCAUCUCUGCAAUGCAGUUCUUCCACAUUCUUCAUAGGACCCAGCAAAGCCUGUGGAGAUCAGGGAUUGAUCCAUCCGCUGAAGGCAGACCUUCAGUUUUUAAGGCAGUACAUUAAUAUACUGAAUCUGAUUUAAAAACGCCAUUGCAAUUUUUCAUUUUAAGCUCUCCAGUGGCCACGAUGCAUUUAUAAAACAAUGAAAACUGUGGGUUUUUAAAAAGACGUGGUGAGGCAUUUAUGAAAAUACUGCUAGACUUCCUAAAUUACAAAGUGCAGACAUCUGAGGCAUGGAAUGACUCCACCUGCCUCAUUGCUCUUACUAACCGCUCCAAAAUAAUAAUUAAAAGCAUUUGCUCUCGGCAGGAAUUUGCAUUGCAUUAACUUUUUCCCACUCCUCCUCAGAAUGAACAUUAAAGGCAAGGCCUGAAGCUUGUGCUUUCACUGACUAAAUUAGGCUAAAUAUUUUGUAAAACAGACCCAUUUUGUGAGCAGGCUGCAUGCAAAGUGUGACUAUUUAUAUCCUCAGAUGCUCCUAUUCUUCAGUAUUCUUUCGUCCUCUUUUCUCUUACUGCUGUUCUCUGAAGUUACCUGCCCUCAGCCAGCCUGUGAGGAGGGAAGGAAGGAAGGAGCAGCAGCUCGGUACCUGUCGCAAGAGCAGCAGUGAGCCACCACCAUUUCAGGGCAGGGUCAUGUUGAAGAGCACAGAGCACCUAAGAGACUUACCGAUGUUUUGGUUUGUUUCCCCUUUCCUGGCCAGGUUUAAUAAACAUUUCGGGAUAGAUGGAUUCCCGUGCUGCUCACAGCAGCUAGACCUCUUGGGCUGUGCGCUGGAAGCAUCUGAAACUCUCAGCCAGGUUCACGUGAUGUUCUGCUUUUCUGCGGGGUCUGGGAGUGCAGAGUUGAUGUUUUAGGCACAACUCUUGCAGCCAGUUGCAGCUUGACGAGUCCUCUAUGAGCCCCUACCCUCAGGCCUCUGGGGCAAAGCCACGGGAGGGUGACGUUUCUCUCUUGUCCUUGGUCUCCAAAGUACAUAGUUCCCAAGUGUGCUUUUCCAUAUUACUCAGCUUAAUGCAAAAUCCUUUCCUUAAAACCAUGGCGGGGGGUAAGACAUGAACUAAGGACCUGCACUCACAUUUCUAGUAUGGCAUUUUCACUUUGCCCAUGGCCAGAAGGGUCUGUACCUUAUGCCACGAGGAGGAGGGCAGACUGGGGGCAUGCAACCACACAGCUUCUCAAGGCUGAAGUUGUCAAGGAGAGCAAUUCCUGCUGGGCUUCCCCCUCGCCCUCACCGCAUCAUGUGUGUUUCAGCACAGUGAACAGGACUAGAGCAGGAGUCCUAUUCCAGGAGGAACCGAGUUUUGUGCUUCCCUGCAAGCCCAGAAGCAGGAGCUGCUCCCACAGAACCUUCCUCCCUGUGUGAAUCACAGUGAGCAUCGGGCCAUUGAAAACACCAGAGACCACGAGGACAGGUGGUGCAACAUCUUCUCCCAGCAGCCAAGGCAUGCCACUUGCUCACAUUAAGACAAGUGUGGUAGAGGCUUUCCGUGACGCAGCAUCUGCUAUGGAACAAGAGAAAGAAACGCUGCUAGAAAUGAUCCACAACAUACAGAACAGCCAGGACAUGAGGCACAUCAGCGAAGGUGAGAGAGAAGAGCUUAAUUUGACAGCUAAUCGCCUGAUGGGCCGAACCCUCACGGUGGAGGUUUCUGUGGAAACCAUCCGGAAUGCCCAGCAGCAGGAGUCCCUCCUGCAUGCCACCAAGAUGAUCGAUGAAAUCGUCAAUAAACUUCUAGAUGAUUUGGAAGACGCCAAAAUCCGCUUAAUGUCGCUUUAUGGUGCGUGCACAUCUGACGUGCCAGCAGGACCCAUCGAUCAGAAGUUUCAGUCUGUGGUGAUUGGGUGUGCCAUUGAGGAUCAGAAGAAGAUCAAAAGGCGGCUAGAGACUCUGCUCAGAAACUUGGAAAAUUCGGAAAAGUCCAUCACGUUGUUGGAGCAUCAGAAGUCAUCUGUUCGACAGUCUUGCAACAGCAAACAGGAUUAAACUGUCCUCUGGGCUACUUCUGGCAAACCGCAGGAUGAGCAAAGCUCCAUAAAAAGCACACAGAAGCUAAGGAAAAACAGAUCUCCCUGUGCAAGCACGUGCAUAUGUACGCAUGCCCAGCACCAAAGUAUCUUUGAUUGCGAGGUGCAAGCAUUUAAUGGGUUUUGGUAGCAUCAGCGUUUUCUUUUGGCAAUAAAGAAUGCUCCUCUAGAAAUCAAUCCUGCUCUGCUGCAAGUUGUAGUAGUGCUUCUGCUGAACUGUCAGGAACUGUCAAAAUCUUUCCUCCAUUCUCCUGGGUUGGUUUUGUUUUAACUAAAAUUGGUUUGUCCUAUCAUGAGAUUUCAUCUUUUCUCUGCUGUAUACAUAGUGUGUGAACUAGACUUUUGGGGACAGAAGACAAAUCAUGGCAAUAAAUCAAAAACUAUUAAUAAACUGUUGAUGGUAUUUUCAUAAA